UCGAAUAAUCCACACCAGUUCUCCAAUCUUUAAACAGAUUAUACAUAAUACAGACAUGUCUGGAACUAAGGGUGGAAGUGGCAUCAUUGGUGGCGGUGGUUGUGGUUCCAGCAGUGGUGGAGGUAGUGGUGGCAGUGGAACAAUAUCUGCCCAAUGUGGAACUACUGGCACAAAUAUACCAAUACAACAAUGCCAGGGCACAAGCACUGUCCAACAAACAAAUCCUUGCCAAACAACUAACCCCUGUCAGCAGCAAAGUCAAGGGCAUGAGCACCAUGGCCACCAUGGACACCAUGGAGGACAAGGCAGCCACGGAGGCGGAGGAGCCAAGAAGUAAAAAACUCACAAGGGAAAUCAACCUAUUUCUUUUACUUUGCUUAAAGUACAUUACAAACAGUUGUGUGUCAGUCACUCGCUCUGAAUACAAUAACUGUUCAUUAAUGUUUUAAAUUGAAUAAAUAUUUUAAAAUAUUA